AUGGACGAGGAGGGUGGUGACCCUUUCUCUCCCGACUCGUCCUCGACGAAUGCGACCGACAUUGUCUGCCAGGAUAGCAAGUUCGCAAACGAUGCGGUGGGAAUCAAGUAUAAGAGCUGCUUGGAGUGUCUGCAAAAGAGCCAAAAGACCAAUGGAACGGAAAGCGACAUCUCCUGGCUGCUCUACAACUUGAGGUUCGCCCUCGGAACGUGCCUUUACGGCUUCGAGGACAAGGACAAGGAUGCCAUCCUCGACAAGAACCUCGAUCCCGACUCCGACAGCCUGGACUACUGCACUGCCUCGAACAGCGCUCUGUUUGGCAAGACUCUCAAGUCGUGCGUCGCAUGCCUCAAGUCGAGUGAUGAUGAGACCUACUUGGGCAACUACUCGAGCGGCGACGAUGAAGAGGAGAAGGAACCGGGCGCCUCUCCAAACAGUCUCACAACCGGUACUAUAGUUGGUAUCGCUAUUGGCGCUGCUCUGUUUGUUUUCGGAGGCUUUGCCCUUUGGUUUGUGUAUCGAAAGAAGAAGCGAAGUACGUCCAUGGACCAGGACCAGAAUGAAGGGGUAGAAGACCCUAACUCGCGGAGUAGCUCGCGAACUAUGAUAUCCCACGCCCAGCCGUGGAUCGCGUCUGAACGAAAGGCGCUCCACUCUACCUCGUCGAGCCGAGCCUCUAACUACGCCGACACGUACGGCGAGAAGGAUGACGCUCCCCGAAGCAAAAAGACUAUUGGCGGCGGCAUCAACAGCAACAUCCCGAGCAGCCGCACGCACCAAUAUUCGCACAACCACAACAACAGCCGGUCGUUUAGUGGCCAAAAUUCUCUAGACCCCGCCCACGCCGCCUACAUGUCCCACGACGGCCGAUCCUCAGCCACACCCUCUCCGCAGCCCGGCUACGGUAACUACGCCGGAGCCUAUAAUCCUAAUACCUCCGCACCGAACCCCCACCCCCUUCGAAGCCACAUCCAAAACUAUUCACGGAUGCACUCCCGAGAACCCUCCCUCGACUCUAGAUCCAGCACCCCUCAGCCUGCCGCUACGAGCACCGCUGCCGCCACUACCUCCGCCGCCCCCACCGCCCCUCUACUGUCCAAGAGGGUUUCGUCAUGCCGCCACCUCCUCCUCGAGCUGCCAAAGUACCCUCGAUAG